AUGGAUGUAUUCGGCCCAAUGGACUGCUUCAACAUCCUCUCGCAGAGCUACAAUGUGACCUUGGCACUUUUAUCCUCGACUCUAGAGCCAGUGACAACAAAACCACCGACAUGCGCCAACGCCAUAGGUCAAAGCGUGGUCCCAACCCACACCUUCUUAGACGCACCUUCUCUAGAUCUGCUUCUCAUUCCAGAUGGCCUGGGCACGCGCGGCUCAAGCCCAGCAAUCGUAGACGCGAUCUCUUACAUCCGAGAUGUAUAUCCCCAAUUGAAAUAUCUCGUUACCGUGUGUACUGGCUCGGGGCUUGCGGCGCGAGCUGGUGUUCUAGUUGGGAAACGAGCCACAACGAAUAAGAUGGCCUGGGCUGAGGUUACGACCUUGGCGGUGGAUGUUCAUUGGGUUCAUCGUGCGAGAUGGGUCGUUGAUGGUAAUGUGUGGUCUCCCUCGGGGAUUAGUGCUGGCAUUGAUCUUAUUCUUGCCUGGAUUGAAGAGAUGUAUGGGAGCGAGGUGGCGAGGCAUAGCUCGAAUACCAUCGAAUAUACUCGACAUGAGGACCCUAGUCACGAUCCGUUCGCCGAACUGUCUGGCAUUUGA